AUGUUAAGAGAAUACAAAUUAGUUGUUGUUGGUGGAGGUGGUGUUGGUAAAUCAGCAUUGACCAUCCAAUUGAUCCAAUCGCAUUUUGUUGACGAGUAUGACCCUACAAUUGAAGAUAGUUAUAGAAAACAAUGCACAAUCGACGGUCAACAAGUCCUCUUGGAUAUCUUGGACACAGCUGGACAAGAAGAAUACUCUGCAAUGAGAGAACAAUACAUGAGAACUGGUGAAGGUUUCUUACUUGUUUACUCGAUCAACUCAAGAAACUCACUCGAAGAAUUGCAACAAUUUUACGAACAAAUACAACGGGUCAAGGAUACAGAUCGCGUUCCCGUCCUUGUUGUUGGGAAUAAAUGCGAUUUGGAGAUGGAGAGACAGGUCAGUUACGAAGAAGGGUUGGCUUUGGCCAAUUCAUUCCACUGUCCAUUCUUGGAGACUUCUGCAAAGCAAAGGAUCAAUGUCGAAGAAGCAUUCUUUGACUUGGUGAGAUUCACAAGGGAUAUGGAACUGAACUUGAAGAAGGAACAAGAGGCUCAGUUGAAUGGACUGAAUAACCAACUGGCUCAAAAACAACUGACUCAACAAAUACAACAACAACAACAACAACAAUCACAAUCACAAUCCCAAUCCCAAUCGCAAUCGGUGGCGGGUGUAUCUGGUGCUGCUGGAUCUGCUGGUGGAAGCAGUAAUAACAUAAAGAAUAAGGAAGGUGCAUCAAAUGGAGCUGCUGCCUCGCGAAAACAACAGUCUCUGACAACACCAGCAUCAAAGGAAAAAUCAAAGUCGGGUUGUUGUGUCAUUGUGUAA